UCCCUUCUAUUUAGAAACGAAGCGUUUUGAUCGAAGAAGGUAUCAUCUUCUUCGUCUUCCAUCUCGUUAGGUUUUGCAGAGUUUCGCGUUCCCUUAGCAGCUCCAAUCAACGCAUUUCUUUGUUCAAUAUUUCAAUCUUUCAAGCGAAACGGCACGAUACAAAUAAUCGCAAUUGCGAAAUCGAAGCUCAAUUUAUCGAUCAUAUCGUGAGACGCUGCACGACAUUUUGGUUCUUUUGCUUUUCCGAACUCCCAUUGAUGGCAAGGGCAAGGGACAGAACCGAGGAUUUCAAAGAUGCAUUACGCCAGAGUGCUCGCUCUUUGGGGUACGAUGAGGCUAAAUUGGCGUCCAUUAUGGCAUCUUUCAUUAUUCAUAAACCUCGGCAAAGGUCACCAUUUUCCAAAGCUGCAUUGAAGACGCUCGAGAGUAUUGGCGAAUUGGAACAGUUUUUGUUGAAGCAUAGAAAGGAUUAUACGGAUCUGCACCGCACAACUGAAAAGGAGAGAGAUAGCAUUGAGCAUGAAGUUAGUGCUUUCAUUAAAACUUGCCAGGAACAAAUUGAUGUUCUUAAGAAUAAUAUAUAUCGUGGAGAGGAAAAUCCAAAAGGUUGGCUUGGCAUUGCAGCUGCUAAGUCUAAUGCCGACACCAUUGCCCACAAACAUGGGGUGGUUCUAAUUUUAAGUGAGAAACUCCAUGCAGUUACGGCACAGUUUGAUCAGCUCAGAGCUGUGCGCUUCCAGGAUGCUAUUAAUAGAGCAAUACCUCGAAGAAAACUUAAUCGUGUGACCAUGAAUGACACUGCAGAAACCUCUAAAUCAGGUGAUGUGGAGUUCAGAGAACCUGAUGAGCUACGCAGUGAGCCUCUAAGAGUUCAACAACAAAUUUUGGAUGACGAAACACGUGCCCUUCAGGUGGAGUUGACUAGUCUUCUAGAUACUGUUCAAGAAACCGAAACAAAGAUGGUGGAAAUGUCUGCAUUAAAUCACCUCAUGUCUACACAUGUUUUGCAACAAGCUCAGCAAAUUGAGCAUCUGUAUGAGCAGGCUGUCGAAGCUACUAAGAAUGUUGAGCUAGGUAACAAAGAACUCUCACAAGCCAUUCAGAGGAAUAGCAGCAGCAGGACGUUCCUUAUAUUAUUUUUAUUUGUGUUAACUUUUUCGCUCCUCUUCCUUGAUUGGUACAACUAAAAUACCUCUGGUUUGCUGCUAUCACAGUGUAUUUUCUUUUAGCACCCUCUCUAAUUUUUUUGAGAGUGAAUCCUCUCAUGUGAAAAAGUGGUCAUGUGGUCAUGUUAUUUAAUCAUAACCACUCAUUUAAAAAUUAUACAUUUUUCUCUCUCUUAUCUCAUCAUCAAUGAGUGGUUGUGAUCAAGUAACAUGACCACAUGAUCAUUUUUUCACAUGAGAGAAUCCACCCUCAAUUCUUUUUCCCUAUUACUGUUGAUAUAUGUGCUUUUCCACUAGGAAGGCAUCCUUUUCUACAUGCGAUAACAAUAUUUACUCGAGAGGGAGAAAUGUGGAUACAGCAAAUGAUUUGACUAAUCAGUUUAUGAAGAGAAUGAU